AUGCCUCCUUCUCCCCAGGCCUCUGAGCCCAGAGAGCAUUCCCAUAACCUCCUGAUCAACUCGAUCUCUUCAAUCGUGGAACCCACCACCCCGCCAUCGACAACCACCAACUCGAAGCUCUGGGACCACCAGCGUCUCAAUGGCCUGUUGGCCUUGCCUAGUUUCAGCUUGGACGCUAAGGAAACCGCUUCGGCUUCGUCUCCGCCAGCGAAAAUCGAUAAGGACUACUUGGCACUGGUGCUGAAGGCUCCGUUGACGCUGUUGAGAAGCCACAUUUUGCGCUUGGCAAAGGACCAGUAUGGGUGUCGUUUUCUUCAGAAACGCAUUGACGAGAACGUGGUGGCCAGCCGCCUGGCCCGUGUGGCCAAUUUCGAGGUGAUCUUUAAAGAAGUCCAUCCGCUGUUGUACGAGCUUAUUAUCGAUCCGUUUGGUAACUACCUUGUGCAGAAAUUGGUGGACUACUGCUCUGAGACUGACCUUGAUCUUAUGUUGGAAAUCUUGCAGAACAACUUGUUCCUGGUUUCCAUCAACCAGCAUGGCACCAGGGCGUUGCAGAAAGUCAUUGACCACAUGUCGAAUGGCCACCAGUUGGCGCUUUUGAUGAAGGGCUUGAAGCCGUAUAUCAUCGAGUUGAUCAAGGACUUGAACGGUAACCACGUUAUCCAGAAGAUCUUGAACAAGUACCCUCCAGAUAACUGCCAGUUCAUUUAUAGCUCCAUCAUUGACGAUAUCUUGGUGGUGGCCACUCACAAACACGGUUGUUGCGUGCUCCAGAAGUGCUUGAACCAUGUGAACCCGGCUCAGCUUUCGGCCUUUUCAGAGAAGAUCUUGCAGUACAAUGUGUUUGUGGUUUUGAUCAACGACCAGUUUGGUAACUACGUCUUGCAGUACCUCAUUUCUAUCGACUCGGCCGAUGUGAACUGUGCUCUCUUCAAGAACUUCCUCAAGUAUGGCAUCAACGACUUGUGCAACUUGAAGUUUUCAUCGAACGUGGUCGAAAAGCUCAUGAAGAACUGUUACCACAAUGAGCCCAAACUGCUUAAGUUCUCGGACUUGAAGUUCUCCAUCAUCGCCAGCAUCUUCAACACUGAUCUCAACAAACUCAUCAACGAUCCUUACGGUAACUACGUCAUACAGACGUUGAUAGACAUUUUGAUCAACCCUAACGUCUCCUACUUCCAGGGCAAUGAGCGUGCUCUUUUGCCCUCUUUGCAGCAGCUUCUCCCUCAGAAUUAUAAUCUCAGCUCGGACUCCUUGCAGAUUCAAAUCAUCAAGAACUGGUUCCAGAAUUGCAAGAUUGUCUCUUCCUUUGGCAAGCGUAUCCAGCUGAAGAUCAAUAUCAUUUUGAAUGGCGUUUCCAAGGCUUCCGGCCGCAAGUACCAGCAGAACCAUGGCAACAUGGUUAUUCCUCCUGCUAAUACCUUGCCUAACCAGAACAUGAACGCCAACGGUGAAUUUGUGCAAACUCGUGCUCCAGUUGGUUCCUAUCCUAUCCAAGCCAACCACAUCAACGUGGGUAAUGGAAUGGGAUACAAUACCAGAGGGUACAAUGGGUAUCAAAGAAACAAUCGUCAAGGAAACCCUCUGCAUCAGUACUACGACGGUUACGCUGUUAACAAUGGCGUCGGCAACCAUAGCCUCGGCCCUUCGCCGGUCCCAAGAGACUCAAAGGCUUCGUUCGAUUCGCUUGUUAACCCAAGUCUUUCAGCUACAGCGCUGUUAGCAAACUUGCAUAUAUCGGCUCCAGUCCUGGCUCCGAUCGAUCAAUCCCCUGUAUCAUACAAUAAUGCCAAUCCACCACUUUCCAACUUCAUUUCUAACGACUUCACGAGAAAUGCUGGCUAUCCCAUGACCAAUCCGGGUAUUAUGGCGGGAGCAGGAUCUCUGUUCAACGGGCAAUAUACACCUCAAUCUGACAGAGGCCACGAGGGCUUUAGGAACCUGUUGCAGUACACCGGGAUGUUACCUCUGUACUCCGGUGGUACCAACAACCAGGGCUUCCCACAAAGCCACUCCCAAAAAGCCUCUUACUCGGGAAGCAUGGAUUUCUUCAAAGAGUGA